AUGGGUGCUGAACGGAAUGAUUCUGCCAUGGAGGCACCCCCGCGGAAGCUGGUCAACAUCGAACAUGUCCUGGAGAACGCCACUCUUGCCGAAAAGAUCUCGCUGCUAGCAGGUUCCGACUUUUGGCACUCCACACCUCUUCCACAGUACGACGUCCCGGCUGUCAAAUGCACCGAUGGGCCCAACGGCGUCCGGGGCUCCAGGUUCUUCAACCCCGUGCCGGCCCUGUGCAUACCUUGCGGAAGCGGCUUAGGAGCAACCUGGAAUCCUGAACUCAUUGAACAGGCCGGCAAACUAUUGUCCAAAGAAUGUGAAGCCAAAGGAGCUCACGUCUGGCUUGGCCCAACAGUUAACAUCAUCCGGUCACCACUGAAUGGCCGCGGCUUUGAAUCCUUCUCAGAAGACCCGCAUCUCAGCGGAAUUCUUGCGGGUUCUAUUAUCAAAGGCGUUCAGUCACGAGGAACCCUAGCCGCUCUCAAGCACUUCGUGGCGAAUGAUCAAGAAACGGAAAAGAUGUCGGUCGACGUUUGCAUAUCUGACAGAGCUCUUCGUGAGAUCUAUCUCAUGCCCUUUCAAAUCGCUCUGCGAGAUAGCAACCCAAGAGUUGUCAUGUCGUCUUACAACAAGGUUCAGGGAUUGCACGUCUCAGAAAGCCCCAAGAUUCUACAAGAUAUCUUGAGGAAAGAGUGGGGAUUUGACGGGCUCAUCAUGAGCGAUUGGUACGGGACGUACUCUUGCGAAGCCGCCUUGAAUGCCGGUGUCGACAUUGAGAUGCCUGGACCUAGCAGAUAUCGCGAGAAGGAGGCCCUUGCUGCGGUUUUCUCGGGCAAGGUUGCGCAACAUACUAUCGACGAACGCGCCAGGAAGGUCUUGGAGUUUGUCAAUGAUGCGGCUUUGGCAAGAGUUGGAAAGGAAGAGACCACUCGGGAUGUGCCCGAGGAUCGAAAUCUCAAUCGACGCCUAGCUGGCGAAAGCAUUGUGUUGUUGAAGAAUGAGGAGAACAUCUUGCCGCUGACAGCAGAACAAUGCGAUGAAGUGGCUGUGAUUGGACCCAAUGCAGAGAUCCCUGCUGCAUGUGGUGGUGGAAGUGCUAGUCUGCGGCCCUACUACACCAGCUCUGUCCUGCAGGGUAUCCGAGGGUCAUUACCAAACGCGAAGGUUCACCAUGAACCUGGCGUCUAUGGACACAUCUUGCUGCCUCCCUUCACUGCAGAACAUGUCUUCGACGACGCAGGUCUCCCUGGGGUUACCAUCGAGAUGUUUAAUGAACCGCAUAACAUGGCUAGCCGGAAGCCAUUCGAUCAUGUCACAAUACCCGACACCACGUAUCAACUCAUGGACUACAGACAUCCCGAAAAGGCGGAGACGUUUUUCAUGUCUAUGCGAGCGCAUUUCACACCCGAACACACCGGGCCUUACGAAUUCGGUCUCGCAUCAUACGGAGAAAGCAAUUUGUACAUCAACGACGAACUUGUCAUCGACAAUUCAACUGAACAGACACCAGGAGGGAUGUUCUUUGGUAAAGGAUCUGCAGAAACGCGAGCUGUCUACGAGAUGAUAGCCGGGGAGCGCUAUGUCCUGCGGGUGGAGGCGGGAAGUGCCUCGACGUCAAAGGUAACUGGUGGCUCGUUGCUAGCGAUUCCAGGUGGGGCUUGCAGACUUGGUGGGUGUCGGAAAAUCGAUCGUAAAGAAGGUAUCCGGAGAGCAGUCGAGCUGGCCAAGAGAUGCAAGUACACUGUGGUUGUGGCUGGUCUCAACGCCGAUCUGGAAAAGGAAGGCAAGGACAGAAAAAACAUGGACUUGCCCCCUCAUGUCGACAAGCUCAUUUUUGCUGUCUUGAAAGCACAGCCAGACGCCAUCAUCGUCACACAAGCAGGGAACCCCAUCCGGAUGCCCUGGAGGCACUCGGCGAAGUCAAUGAUUCACAGCUGGUACGGCGGCAACGAAGCCGGGAACGCUGUCGCAGAUGUCCUCUUCGGGCGCAUCAACCCGAGCGGGAAGCUACCUAUGACUUUCCCUGACCGUUUGGAAGACAAUCCUGCCUUCCUUAGCUUUGGUAGUGACAACGGGAAGGUGCAUUACUCCGAGGGCGUGUUCGUUGGAUACCGAUGGUAUGAGACGCGUCGUAUCACGCCUGCAUUUCCUUUCGGCCACGGACUGAGCUACACAAUUUUCGACAUUUCAGGUAUUCAAGUCAGCCCGUCCCAUGUCCAAUUCAGCAUACAAAACACCGGCAAGAGGGCGGGCGCUGAGGUUAUUCAAAUGUACAUCCGCUACGUCGCCGUCUCUCAAGAUUCAAAAUUUGCCCGGCCACGACAAGAGCUCAAGGGCUUUAAGAAAAUCUAUCUUGAGCCAGCAUAA